AUUUGGAAUCAGCUAGUAAACAAUGCCUACGAUCAAGUUAUUGGAUUAGUACUUCCCAAUAGAAACUGUCCUAUUGGUUCAAUCGCACUUGGAGGAACAGAUUUUAGGUAUAUAGAUCCUAAAAAUUCGGCUAAAAUACAAACUUUAAAUGAUACUACAUAUUUGAAAAUUGAAAUUAAUUUGAUAUGGGUUAAUUCGACAGCGAUCUUAAUUCCAAAUCCAGUGAAUGAUUCGAUUAUUAGUACUAGUUAUAAUAAAAUUUCCCUUGGUACUUAUGCUAGUGAAUUUUUUAAAGCGUUAGGUGCUAAUAAAGAUAGCAAUGGAAAUUGGAUAGUGCCGAAUCCCGUUGAUAUAACUUUUGAUGUUACAUCUGAUUCUGGAGAUAUAAUUGGAAUAAGUAUACCAAGUUCUUUAACCUGUAAUAUGAUCCAAGGAAAAUGUGUAUCUAUAUUUGAUGAUUCAUUUGGACCUUCAAAUUCAAUAAUUUUUGGUUUACCAUUUCUCCAGAUUUUAUAUAUUAUAAUUGACAAUACCAAACACACCAUAGAAAUAUUUGAUAGAAGUAAUUUUUGUCCUAUUCCAAUAUCCACAACUACAGUGAAUAUUUCCACAACUACAAUGAAUACUUCCACAACUACAAUGAAUACAUUCACAACUACAAUGGAUACAUCCACAACUACAAUGGAUACAUCCACAACUACAAUGGUAGCAUCAUUCACAUUCACAAUUCCGAAUCCUACUGCUAAACAGAAUAAAGAUCCGGGUGAUGAUGGUCCUCCGGGAGGUGGUGGUCCUCCGGGUGGUGGUGGUCCUCCGGGUGGUGGCGGUCCUCCGGGUGGUGGCGGUCCUCCGGGUGGUGGCGGUCCUCCGGGUGGUGGCGGUCCUCCGGGUGGUGGCGGUUCUCCGGGUGGUGGUGGCACAUCACAAACUACGUACUCAUCCAUACCUGUAGAUUCAUCUACGUUUACAGGCUCGUUUAUAUCUGUGUCUACAUUGUUUCAACCUACAGGCUCGCCUACGCCUAUAGAUUUACCUCGACCUAUAGACUCUUCUAUAUCUAAAUUCCUGCCUCAACCUACAACCUCAUCUAUUCCUAAAGGAUCAUCUCAUCCUACAGACUCAUCUAUCCCUACAGAAUCAUCUCAUCCUACAGGCUUAUUUAGACUUCCAGGAUCGCCCAUACCUGCAAAAUCAUCUCAAUCUAGAAGUUUAUCUAUACCUACAGACUCAUCUAUUCCUACAGAAUCACCUCAAUCUAGAAGUUUAUCUAUACCUACAGACUCAUCUAUUCCUACAGAAUCACCUCAUCCUACAGGCUUAUUUAGACUUCCAGGAUCACCCAUACUUGCAAAAUCAUCUCAAUCUAUAAGUUUAUCUAUGCCUACAGGCUCAUUUAUUCCUACAGAAUCACCUCAUCCUACAGGCUUAUUUGGACUUCCAGGAUCACCCAUACUUGCAAAAUCAUCCCAAUCUACAAGUUUAUCUAUACCUACAGGCUCAUUUAGACUUCGCGGAACUUGUGAGCUUAAAUCAAUCUCUC